AUGUCUCGCCUCCAAUCCAAGGUUUGCAUAGUCACGGGCUCCUCGUCCGGCCUAGGCCGUGCCAUCGCUCUGGCCUUUGCAAGAGAAGGCGCUUCGCUCGUCGUCUGUGGCGAUGUAACCCGCGAACCCCCUCCGGCCGAAGGAGAAACUGAGGGAGAGACUGAGGGAGAGACCGAGACCGAGACUCUCGCAACCGAUGUCCUCGUUGACCAGGUCCCCGGCGCUAGGGGUAUGUAUGUGCAAGUAGACGUGACAGAUCCCGAGCAGGUAGCAGGGUUAGUCCAGAAUGCAGUGCAAAUCGGAGGGAAGGUUGAUAUAUUCGUGAACAAUGCCGGCUGCGGGCCCUCGUUCACCAAGAUCCACGACACCCCAGAAACCACCUGGGAUGCAACGAUAAACCUCAACCUCCGUGGCCCCUUCCUCGGCACCAAGUCAGCCAUCCAGCAAUUCCUCACCCAAGAGCCCGACCCUGUGUCCGGAGCUCGUGGGAAAAUCAUCAAUGUAGCCAGCACGGCCGGGCUGAGGGCGUUGCAGUCAUCGUCCGCAUACUGCGCCUCCAAAGCAGCCGUGAUAUCACUGACGCAGACUACCGCGCUCGAGUACGCUGCUGACAAGAUCACCUGUAAUGCCAUUUGUCCAGGAUUUGUCCAAACCAGCAUGACGAACUUUCUUUUCCAGAACCCAGAUGUCAACCAGUUCAUGCAAAAGAGCACACCACUGGGUCUGUCUCAGUCCGCACCCGAAGAGAUCGCCAAAGCGGCGGUGUUUCUGGCCAGCAACGAGGCGGCGUGGAUGACGGGGGUUGCGAUGCCCGUGGAUGGAGGGUUUACGGUGCAUGAUUGA